AUGUUUAAUGAUUCUCAAUUAUCAACCAACACGACAUUUGUGCAAUCAGAUGUCGAACUUUAUUAUUUGUUUACUGCGUACAUCAAGUUUCGAGGAAUGUUUUCUGAUAAAAAGAACAGCCAACUAUUUAUGUGGUACAACCAUUUAAAGCUUAAAGCAUUUAAAGAAAUGGAACGAGGAAUGAGUGAAAAAGAAGAAGAAAAAAGUCUAAUGGAUCAAACUUGUUGGAUAUGUACCGCUGCUGGAAUGAAAAUUGAAUUCUAA